ACAAUUGCCUGACCAAUCCCCUCCUGUGCUCGCCGCCGCGCCGGAGAAGAGAGCGAGAGCGCCGCCGCGAUGAGUCACCGCAGGCGACCUCACGCCCCCGGCCCGCCUCCUCCCCCGGAAGACGGAGGAGGAGACUACUCUCCGCAGUCGCCGGGGAAGGCGCCGCGGAUCCGGCCGUGGCCGGAGCGGCGGGUGCUGGCGCUCGCGCUAGCGUUCCGCGCGGUGAACGCGCUGCUGGUGCGCACCUACUUCAACCCCGACGAGCACUGGCAGUGCCUCGAGGUCGCCCACCACAUCGCCUUCGGGUACGGCCACCUCACCUGGGAGUGGAAGCGGGGCCUUCGAGGUUACCUCCACCCGCUCAUCUUCGCCGCCCUUUACAAGUUUCUGGGGUUUCUCCACCUCGAUACCCCGUGGUUCAUGGUGAUGGCUCCACGGCUUCUACAGUCAGUAUUUGCAGCGUUUGGAGAUCUAUACUUGUAUAAACUCUCCAAACUUAUUUUCAACGAGCACGCUGCCCAGUGGACAUUAUUUUCGCAGUUGGUGAACUGGUUCAUGUUUUUCUGCAUUACACGGACUCUAUCAAACAGCUUGGAGACAGUUUUGACUGUGGCUGGACUCUAUUAUUGGUUUAUUGCAAUCGAGUCUUCCAAGGGAAUUUCAGUUAUUUCAAAGCAGCAGGCAUCCAGCUACCAAAGUCCCCAUUCAAGAAAAGUGGCACUACUCAUAGCAGCCUUAGCCUGCGCCAUUCGGCCAACAAGUGCCAUAACAUGGUUGUAUGUUGGUCUUUUGGACUUCAUUUAUAUAAAAUCGAAAUGCCGGUUUUUGUUUCUUGAGGUCAUUCCUAUAGGGGCCAUUGUCCUUGCAGCAACAACAUUCCUUGAUUGGUGGAUGUAUGGUUCCCGGGUCAUAGUGCCACUUAAUUUUUUGAAAUUCAACCUAUUUUCUUCAGGAGGAGAUUACUAUGGAACACACGUCUUCCACUGGUACUUCACCCAAGGUUUUCCAUCUAUGAUUUGGACGUUCUUACCACUUUCAGUUUUUGGAGUCAUAAAGUCUCAAGAAUGGAGGCUUUCAGGUCUAAUUGCCUGGGUAUUAGGGGUUUAUAGCAUACUUGGACACAAAGAGUUCAGGUUUGUUCUUCCGGUGCUACCUUUAGCGUUGAUGUUCUCGGGUUACUUCUUAGCUGCAAUGUCGCAAUUCAAGGGUAAAAAUCUGCAUGGGAAAAGACAUUUUUCAAGGUUGCAACUGUCUGUUAUUCUUCUCAUCAUAACCAAUGUUCCAAUGGCCUUAUAUAUGUCCCUGUUCCAUCAAAGAGGAACUGAAGAUGUUAUGUUUUAUCUGUCAAAAGAAGCCCAUAAUGGAAGAGUUAAGGGUGUCCUCUUUCUCAUGCCUUGCCAUUCGACGCCUUAUUACUCUACCUUACAUAGUAGCCUACCUAUGCGCUUUUUGGACUGUACUCCCAGUGAUAAUAAAGGGACCCUGGAUGAGUCAGAUCGUUUCCUCAUGAACCCACUUGAUUUUGUGGGCGAGGUUAUCGGAAAUCUAUCUUCCUUCAGUCACAUUGUGUUAUUUGAAUCCGAAGAAAGACACAUUAUUCAGUUGCUUCUGCACGAUUCCUUUCAGGAGGUUAGGAGGUUUUUCCAUUCCCACUUCAAGAUUGAUAGAGACCUUCAGUCGUCUGUUGUUGUAUAUUCACGGAGGGAUGUGCUAUGAUUGCUUUUGCCGAGAAAAGCUUGUUACCCCAUCUAACAACCUCUGAUUGUGUUUCACAGUGUUUCACAGUGUUUUAGUUUGUUAUUUCUGAAAUUAGCUGUAACACUAUUGGAUACUAGAACUUGGCAAUCUGUUAUGGUUUUUUUACCCCUCCGACAUGUUGUGCCGAUCCUUUUUGUAUCGGCCAGAUUUUGUAGAACAUGGAACAUGCAUAAGAAAGUCUCCAUAUCCAUGAUGCAUUUGUAAGACGAAAAGGUAGAAAUGGCAGUAUUUCCUUGCAGUAAUGACUGAUAACAAGAGUGAGAUACUCUGAUUUCGAUUCAAUCCUAAUUUUAAGUGCCUACAAGUUCCUGCACCUUCCGUACUGCUCUGAGGUGCUUCGUAUUGAUCUCAAUCUCUCAGCAACCUCUCUCAUUAAUGGCCGUUCUUCCCCCCUCAUACUCAAACAACACUUUGCCAGUUGAGCAAUUUCUUGGAGCAGCUCCGCUUCGAAGUCUAAUAUAUUCUUGUCCAAGAUGAAUUGAAGUCCAUUUUCUUUCAUUGCAAGAAGGAAGGAUGAUGCAAGGAGUGCAAAAAUGCAGAUAAGGAGAAGUACUGCACAUGCUGAAAUACCUGCCAAGAAUAACAUUCUUUCAGUUUUGGUUGUCGAACACGCAGGUAUGCGUUUGUUCCUUAUGCGAUAUGCGAUGAUAAAAGCGGGCAUACGAUCUGCAUGUUUCUCUCUUUGGAUCUGUACUCUGAGUCCCAGACUUGCAUGAGCAAUUGUAGUUCCCAAUUAUAUUACUGCAAAUUCCAUGGCAAGGAUACUGAUCUGGGAAAUUGCACUCGUUGAUAUCUGCACACAAUAUUCAAGAACAGAGAAAUAGCUUGAGAUUGAUGCAGAGAUAACUUGAGGUAAACCCAAAAGAAGGAAGUGAGUUACCGACCUUGGCAUCCUUCUUCCAGGCAUACGUUGACAUGUUCUUCACAGCUUCAUCACAGUAUUCAUUUCCAGCAACCCAGUCAAGCAGAGUGGGUACUCCAUCCUUGAACUUCUCUUUGAAUUUAUUAUCCUCUAGAUAAGAAGCCUCAAACCUGAACCAAUCCUGCUCAGCGACAAAAGCAUAGCUGCAUGGGUUGAAGCCACUCACCUCAGAAUUGUCGAAUCUGUCAUCAAAUGUUAUAUUGGAGAAAUUGAGGUUUGGCGCAAUAGAUGUCUGGCAACAGCCCAUUCCAGAGCACUGACCACUUUCAUCCACACUUCGCCUGUCUGCGCACAUUGAGAAACACCCAGCUCCCACUCUGUGCUCGUUAAAGCCUCCCAGGAAUGCAAGGGUGUUGCAUCCAACCGCUGUUAAUUUGUUUGCCUUGGUUGAUAUUGUAAAAAACUUACCCGUAUUUAACCAGGCCCAUCCCCCUGUCUCGUUGAAGCACUUGGAUGCAAUCAAGGUGGUGACUCGGGCCUGCCCUCCUAGCAGACUGA